AUGAUGGAGAAAGGUACCGGCUCCUCAUUGAACUCUCCCCUUCUUCACAUUUCUGGAGAUGGUUUGAAUUUCAGUGGCGAGAGACGAGCCGAUGAUAAGUACCAUAGAAGGCAACAAGUAGCGGAGGAAAUAAAGAAGCAGCUAUGGCUAGCUGGGCCGCUAAUAUUGGUCAGCCUCUUACAAUAUUGUUUGCAGAUGAUUUCCGUCAUGUUUGUCGGUCAUCUCGGCGAAUUGCCCCUCUCUGGUGCUUCCAUGGCCACUUCUUUUGCAACCGUCACUGGUUUCAGCUUAUUGAUGGGGAUGGCUAGUGCUCUGGAUACAUUUUGUGGCCAAUCUUAUGGAGCGAAGCAGUAUCAUAUGCUGGGAAUUCAAAUGCAGCGAGCAAUGUUUGUUCUUAUACUCGUGAGCAUCCCUCUUGCAGUUAUCUGGGCUAACACUGGAGAAAUUCUGAAAUUACUUGGUCAAGAUGCUGAAAUUGCAGCAGAAGCUGGGAAAUAUGCUAUUUGCAUGAUUCCAAGCGUUUUUGCAUAUGGUUUACUUCAAUGUCUGAACAGAUUCUUACAAACCCAAAACGUUGUUUUCCCAAUGGUGAUUUGUUCUGGAAUAGCAGUUUUGCUUCACAUCCCCAUGUGUUGGAUUCUGGUAUUCAAAGUUGGACUCGAACUCCGAGGAGCGGCUAUGGCCAACUCCAUCUCUUAUUCGUUCAAUGUGUUCAUAGCUAUGCUUUAUGUUAAGUAUUCUUCUUCAUGUUCCAAGUCUUGGACUGGCUUUUCAGUGCAGGCUUUUCACAACAUCCCAUCUUUCCUUAAACUUGCAAUUCCUUCAGCUUGCAUGGUUUGCUUGGAAAUGUGGUCAUUUGAGUUGAUUGUUCUUUUAUCUGGGCUUCUACCAAAUCCGAAAUUAGAGACAUCAGUGCUUUCAAUUAGCCUUACUACAGCUGCAGUAAUUUGGACGAUCUCAUUUGGCAUGAGUGGUGUAGGAAGCACGCGAGUCUCAAACGAACUAGGAGCUGGCCAUCCUGCAACAGCAAAGCUAGCUGGGUGUGUAGUUAUGACAAUGGUCGCUAUUCAUGGGCUACUGGUUGGAACUUUCUUCAUUCUUAUACGUAAUGUUUGGGGCUAUGCUUUUAGCAACGAACGAGAAGUGGCUGAAUACUUGGCAAAGAUGCUUCCUAUAGUUGCAGUUUCCGAAUUUUUCUCAGGACUUCAGUGUGUGCUUUCAGGCAUUGCUAGGGGAUGUGGGUGGCAAAAGAUUGGUGCAUAUGUCAAUCUUGGAUCAUAUUAUAUCGUGGGAAUUCCAUCCGCAGUUCUGCUUGCUUUUGUUUUUCACUUUGGUGGCAAGGGGCUGUGGUUUGGCAUCAUGUUUGCACUCCUAGUCCAAGCAUUUUCUCUUGCAACCAUUACCAUCCGCACCAACUGGGACCAAGAAGCAAAGAAAGCUACAGAACGAGUUUAUGAUGCAGCAAUUCCAAGGAAUAUUGUCUCAUGAAACUAGAGUUUCUUGGUGGAGGAGCUUUAUGAUUGAGCUCUACUUUCUCUUGAAUAUCAAUGAAUUGUGGAAGUCAAGCAAGCCUGAAAGCUUCAUUUUUGCAACAUGGCUCUUAGGCAAAUAAUUGAUAUCUCAGUCUCCAUUUGUUUAGAAAUCAUUCAAUCAAAGCUCAGGAGGUACCCUGUGCACUUAUAUUUAUAUCCAGCAUUUCAGUUUGUUGUCUUCUACUAUUUUAUGCUAUGUAUAUUGAAAAGUGGAGGUGCCACAGCAUUGCAAAGUGAAGGUGGAGAAUUAGAGAAGAAAAAUAUACAAUUUGGAGUCUUGUUCUUGUCCUUGGGGAUAAAUAUUGGUAAUGAAUAUUACGUUGUUUAGGCUUCUUUUGAACAGGUGAUUGGUUUCAGCUUGUUGGUGAGUUAGUUUUCUGUUUGUUUCCCGGGGAAAACAUAUCCUCUUGCUUGCGUUGGAAAUAUUGAAUAAAGUUAUUUGGAGAAAAUUCAAUUUAUA